UAUCUAGUUUACACUGUUUUCAAGACUAUCUAUCCAUUAAGUAAGCUCAUAAAAGUAUGACUCACAGGUGUUUUAAUAUCUUAUGUUUUAAUUCAGUUCUAAUGUAGUUAUGUUAUGUUCAGAUUUUGUUCAGAUUAUGCUUCAUUCUACGAAAACAUAGAAUUGAUUUUUAGAAUUUGUUGGGAAAUCUUGAUUAAAAAUUGAUUUCAAAAUUGAUCUUUAUGGAUUAUCAAGCCCGAAUUCAGGGAAAACUUUCCGGGGGUAGCUAGAGCCACAAAGUGCAGCAUAGUAUAUAACCUAGCAAUAGAAUUUGGGUGGUUUUGCCCCACAAAUUUUGGCCUCGGGCUUGGGGGUCACGUAACACACAUUUGUAAAAAGAUCAUGAUUUACAUAAGGCCAAAACACUAUACAAUGCAUUUAUUCUCUCAAACUUCAACUAAAAAUUUCUUCUUCAACUUCAAAUAUUGCUCGCACCGUCUGUAAAUAUAUUGAGCGCUGUCGUUUCAGUGCCGUCGAAACAGGGGGCAUCUGCCCCCACCAAUAAUUUUUUGUGGCAAAGGAUUUGAAACAAAAGGAUAAAGCAAAGGACUUCCAGACCAGAGUUUUUUCUUUUGACUACCCUAUGGUAAAAAUUUACAUGGGAACUUGAACUUUGCAAGACCGAGGUUCCAAGACUCACUGAUCAGUAUCCAGACUGUAGUCCCCAGACUCCCACUUUUUUGCUGCGGCCAAAAUAAAAAAAUGGCGGGAAGUGAUCUGGCUCAGGAAUCUCUCGAUUUGAAGCAUGUAAAGCUUGCGUCACGCAACAUACGAUUCAUUAUAUUGUCAAGCAGCCUUGUUUGCCAACAGACAUCCGAAUUUAAGGAUGUGCCCUUGUUUCUAGGAGCAGAUGUGUUACAUAAAUGCGGCAAGUAUGCUCUAAAGAAUUUAGGCAGACUUCAUUCAAAGUAUGCCUCUGAAGGUCUAACUACAAAGGUAUGUUUUCCAUCGAAUUGCAAGAUAAAAGGGAUACGUGGGACAGCAGAUACAGCCUGGUUCUAUAGUAUCCAAGGCCUAUUCAAGGUUGCAUUUACUUUUUAUCCAAAAGACGUUUUGAAAAUGAUGCUUAAAACUCUUCAGGACCUGUGGAUGAUCUAUGUGGAGGAGCCAGCCCUGUUUGGAGAUCUGACCAUUCAAAAUCUUGAUCAUGUUAACCUCACAGGAGAUUUGUGUUCAGUGUUAGAAGAUGCAAAAGAAUCCAUACACAGACAACAUGAAGAUUCUUAUUCACCUAAUCCUGUCAUUGAUGACAGAAUAUGCUUAGACCAUGAAACACAACACCUAGCAAUGGAUAGCUGUUUCCAUAAAAAAUGCCCAAUGUCUGAAUUUCCUGUGUUGCAAACAGUUAAUCAGGCCGACAUUUUAAGUUCAGAAACAGAACCAAAAGUAGCAAAAAAUAGCAAUUUGAUAAACAAUGUUGAUAUUUCAAGUAACAUAACACAAACAGUGCAAACUAAAUCAACGGAAAACAGAACGAGACCUGAAUAUGAGAUUGAAAUAACGAGCAUUGUUUCAAAACUUCUUUCAGAGUUUAGAGAAGAACCAAGUUUAAGCAUUAUCACAUCAUACAUAGAAUCUUUUGUUGACUUGAUUAUAAAUGAAAAAACAAAUAUCAUCGAGCAGCAAUCAACAUCAUUUCCAAUCAAGCUUAUUAAAGAUUAUAUGGAAUCAAAGAAGGACAAUGAACAAUCAGGUGCUCCUCACAGCCAUGAACUGGCAUUACACAUAGUAGCAAGCUGGGUUGGAGAAAUGUUUUACUUAUUUAAAGGUUUGAUUAAGCACAAUGUUGACACUUUUAAACAAACAUAUAUAAAUUCUAUUUCAGAGCUGCCAAGCCCUGGGGAGAUAGUGAAAAUAAUUUAUCCAUCAGCAAUGUACAAUUUUGUACACCUGUGGUUAAGAGGCUCUGAUGAUGACACACCUCAUGAAUCAGAACAAAUUGUGGAAGCAAAUAGAUUAGCAUCUUUAUGUCUCUUAAUUUUGGAGUUGCUAAAUGGGCAUCCUAUUAGUGGACUUGGUCAUUGGGUUUACUCCUAUCUUUAA